AUGAAGACUUUAACCUUCGAUGGAGUGGGAAAGUGGAAGGUAGUUGAAAAAGAAGUACCAACUAUUCAGGAGGGCACUGAUGCACUCGUUCGCAUGGUUCGAACAACAAUCUGCGGGUCAGACCUCCACAUCCUCAAGGGAGAUGUGCCGACGGUCGACAAAGGCAGAACUCUUGGCCAUGAAGGAAUUGGCGUUAUCGAACAAGUCGGCGCAGAGAUCAAAAACUUCRAGAUUGGCGAUAGGGUCGUCAUCCGCUGCAUCACCUGCUGUGGCACCUGUAGCUUCUGUAAGCGCAGCAUGGCAGACUGUUGCAGAAAAGCGGGCUGGAUUCUAGGCCACACUCAUGACGGUACUCAAGCCGAGUAUGUCCGCAUCAAAUAUGCCGAUACAUCCCUAUUCGCGGUUCCGCCAGGAGCAGAUGAGCGUGCUCUCCUGGUAUACAGCGACAUCCUCCCCACUGGUCUCGAAGUCGGCGUCUUGCGCGGCAAAGUCACCCCAGGCUGCACUGUGGCAAUUGUUGGAGCUGGUCCCGUUGGCCUCGCUGCUGGUCUGACGGCACAGCUGUACGCUCCUCGUAAAGUCGUAUUCUUCGACUUGGAUGACUUUCGUCUUGAAGUCGCCAAAAAGAUGGGUGCUACUCAUGUCUACAAUGUCACUGGCCAAACGGAUAUGAGAGCACUYGCUGGCGAACACUUUGGCGAGGGCGAUGGAUUCGACGUUGUGAUUGAGGCAGUGGGAAUCCCAGCCACAUUCAAUAUGUGUGAGGAUCUGGUGGGCGUCGGAGGACAUCUUGCUAAUGUUGGCGUGCAUGGCAAGUCUGUCAAUUYGCACAUCGAAAGAUUGUGGCCGAGGAGCGUCUCGAUCUCCAUGGCGCUCGUUUCUGCUCACACGAUUCCUACUUUGCUGGAUCUGAUGGCAGCUGGCAAACUGGAUGCUUCGGCAAUGAUAACUCACGACUUCAAGUUCUCGCAGAUUGAGGAGGCGUACGAUACCUUCAGCAGAGCCGCGGAGACAAAGUCCUUGAAAGUCAACAUCGAAUUUUGA